AUGCCCCGACAUUCCACAACGUCUCUCAUCGGGUUCAUUGUGCGCGACGUGUUCGUCUCAGGAGAGAAGGCAGUAUGGAAAAGGAAGAAGGGUUGCGACCUCAAACAGCCUGAGUGUGGACAGUGCAUAGAACGAGGGUUACCAUGUGGCGGCUAUGACAAAGAUCGUGUCUUCAUAUACCACGAUGCCGGAGUGAAGCGAACAACUCUGGCUUCGCAGUAUGCUCAAUCACCACGAGGUGCAAGUUCCGGAAUGCUCUCACCUCCAGAAACGCCCCCAACGACGUCGUUGAUAUCUACCACGCCUGCACAGGCAUACUCAGGCUCAGAUGUUUUCUCAAUGUUUCCACGCGUACUAUCUGCGAGUUUUGCACAGUCAGCAUACAAAGAGAAGAGUCUGGAGGCAUUCAUUAGCACAUAUGUACCGCGAGGUGACCUCAGCAGUACGAAUGAAGAGGGUAAACAGCUCGUUGGAAUGAUGCCACGACUCAAUAGUCAAGACGAAGCUUUACGCCUGGCCAUUCUCGCUAUGGGAACCCUAGCCCUGAGCAAGCAGACGAAUGACUCGUAUCUCGGACAGCAGGGGCGCAAUAUUUACGGCAAAGCGCUUGCGGAGACUAGGAGAGCCCUGCAGGAUCCGAGUCGAGCAAGGAGUACGGCUAUGCUUGCUAUUCCUUAUGUUGACACUGACCACACGUUUCUAAUGCAGGUCAUGGCCCUUUUUGAGAUACUGUUUGGCGCAGAAGAAGCGUCCAGCAAGCAGGCGCAGAACUGGCUUAGCCACGCGCAAGGAGAAAUCGCCCUGAUAGUCGCUCGAGGACCCGAGGCAUUUACGGAGGAUGCUGCUCACGCAAUUUUCGUCAACGCUAGAUGGCGACCUCUCAUUGCUUCCUGUCGGACACGAACAAAAUCAAUCUUGAACGAAAAGAGGUGGAAGACUAUACCCUGGAGAGGUCGAAUCAAAACGCCCCAGGAUAGUCUUCUCGACAUCAUGGCCGGAGUCCCUGAGAUCCUCGCUAAUAUAGAUAGGUGGGGAGCUCUCAGCGCUGGAACUCCACAGGACGAGGCAACCGAUCUAGCAACAUGCGCUAAAUGCUGGACUUUGCACAUUGAGCUUCAAACAUGGCUUGUUGCCAACGAACACGAGAUCCAUACGCCAGUCACAACCACACCAACACCAAUCACAUUUCCAAACUUUGAUGUAGCAUGUCUUACAAUAAGAUACUGGGUGAUAGCCCUCAUGCUUUACUCUAGCCUCGACACCGCCUCUCGAAUACCAACGACCGAUAUUUCGACUAUGCACCCAGACCGUCCACAUCCACGUCAAUUUGCUCGACUCAUCGCCCGCUCAGCGAACUACUUUUUCCAGGAGAGGUAUGGUAUUGUGGGGCCAACUACAUACUCGUUCCCACUAGGCAACACCAUGCUAUACCUGAAUCGCAACCUCAUGCUCGACGGACAGUACGCCAAACUGGUAGGAGAGGCAUGGAAUUCUCCGAACAUGCCCAUGGCAAUCAAAAAUUUCUUGAACAGUCAACGACUUUCAGUAUCCUAG